ACUUUGCUCGACGACUUUGCCAGCCCUAUCUGCCGAUAUUCGACAGCGUGUUCCAUGGUCUCAAUGCCCAAAGAGAGUUCAUCGCUUUGCGGGCUCAGCUCUUCCUGAUCCAUCAAGUGAACGACCGCCCCAUGCGCCUUGACGACAUUGGCGAAUCGCCAUCCCGCAGCCCGAUCCCAGCCACAGUCGACCUCCUGGGAUAUCUUGGGUUGCCAUCAAGCCUGUCGCUCAUUGGACUCGGUACCCUGACCGCAGUGGGCCUCGUUUGCUUCAGGCGGUUUGGCAUGCAGCUGGACCCGAGUGUGCACAUUCUUGUCCAUGUCGCGGCAUCGCUUAGCUGGGCUGGAUCAGCGACGGCAUUGCUUUCCGAGUACCGGAGCCUCAAGCAGGAUCUGGUCGAUUCAACUGUGGCCUUGCAGGACGCAGCCGAGCUCGUGGAGACACUGAUUCGCUCCACGAACGAGAUUGACUCUACAAUUGCCAGGGCCAUCCGAGCGAUACAGGAAAUCGAGCUGGUCUCGCGGGGCUAUCACAUCACCGCUCCCCAGCUCGCACCCAUCUCGCGUAUCGAGCAAUCGUUGCCCUCCAAGCGCUGCCAGCUGCUGCGAGAGGCAAUCUUCUCUGUCUGUCGGGCUGCUCGCGUGCUCUGGGUCGAUUUUCAGGACUCGAUAUCUGCUCUGGCUGUUGCCCAGCCGUCUCAACAGGAUCUUGAAGCGCUGGGUCAUCCUCGUCCAGGUGAUCAAGGGACAGAGAGCUCUACCAAUCCAUUUUCGCUGGAGGAGCUCAAAGCAGAGCACCGCGCCCUGAAGAGCCAGAGAAUCGCUGCCCUCCAGCGUCUCGUGUGUUGUCGGGCACUUGCUGUUGAGACUGCUCGUCAGUUCCCGCUUUCGGAUACCGGGGCUACCUCGGACUGGCUCAAGAUAUGCGGUGCGCUCAAGGCGCUGUGCUCCAAGACCCAGGAUCUAUCGCACGCCCUUGAGAGAGUUCACUCAAUCGAAACUCAGAUUCAUGCCGGUCCCUCCAGCGGACAAGUCGAGACAGAGAGCGGACUUGCGCCGUCGAAUCAUCCACGAGUACACUCCUUCAUCCAAAGGCUGUCCUCGUUGGGUCGCCAUCUGCAACUCAUGAAAGUCAAGCUAGUGGUCGUCAGCCACGACAUCAAAGGCCACACUCCAGGAAGCCCCGUUGACCAGAAUAUGGAGCUAUUUUCCACCCUCUCGAUCGAUCUCGCCAACAUUCAGCACGAGCUCGAGUCGGCUCGCGCUGCCCUAAGCGAUCUUUCCUCAGAAGUGCCGCCGGGCGGUCGAGACAACCAGACACUUGACGAGGAGGAGCCAUCCCCGAGCUGGCGGCUGACCCUGCAGCGACAGACACUCGUCCAAGUGCAGAGGAUUUUGGAUACUCACGUCGAUGAUACACUGCACGAGGAGGAUUUACUGUUCGAGAACGUGUUUGAAAGCUUUGACGACGAUGCUGUCGAUGCCGACGACGGUGCCGACAGCGCAUCAAAGAAGGAGAAACUCUCGCGUGCCGAUAGAAUCGCUCUCCAGCGACAAGCACGAGCAAAACAGGAGGCGCAAAAGGAGCAGAAACGGGCACGAGAGCAAAUGGUCAUGGAGCUGAAGAACGUUCUGUUGCGACGGCCGGCGAAAACACCAAUAUCCAACCGCCCGGCUCAACGUGAACGCAGCGAACGCAGCGACGUCACCUCCUCUGUCGCUCCGGUCCAGCAAGUCACGCCAAGUUCUGGGCUUCGUGCUGAAGGUCUUGACGGCUCGGCUCACGGUGCCGAUGUCAGCUCGACACAUGGUUCCCCUAUUUUGCAUCCACGCGCUGGAUCAGACCAAGACCCCUCCCAACAACGUCCGACAUCAAGCGAAUAUCAAGACACCUAUCGCAGUUCACUCGCGGACAUGCUCGCGGCUCUGCGAACCGGGGGCACCGAGCUGCGUGCGAUCGGCAGCGACGACGACGACGACAACGAUACCGACAUGGUCGGCAAGGACAGCGAAAACAGCGGUCGAGCGACCGAGAUCGGUGAUGAUGGCGAAAAGGACUACGGCCCUGAGACGACCAGUGGCCUUGCGGAACCAGAUCAAGCCGAUGAAUCCGCUCCUCACGAACAAAUGCGUGGGUCUCGCGAUCAAGUCUAUGACCCCCUCACGCACGGUCUUCCUGACCACGAUGCUUCGCGCCCUCCAGCCCAGAGCCGAGUCCAAGAAUCAGUCCGGCCACCAAGACGCCCUGGUGAGAGACUUUCGACCAAGGAACGGCUCUCGAAGGCCCUUGAGUUCCGGCGCAGAGUCCCAGGAGAGCCACUUGAUGGAGAUCGCAGCGCGGCAUCGGUGUAGAACCCGGUGAGCUUUGUCCACCUUGGCCGUCGACGUAGCUCUGCCUCCAUUGGUGUGCACCAAGAUGCGUGC